UCUAAACAUCUGCAUUCCCUUGCGACGUCCAUUUUUCACUGACCAGAAUCCCUCCAAACUUCUCUUUUCGUGUAUCUCGAGUCUGUUAUUCGCCCGUUCUUGUUGAGUACCUCGUGGCUCGUGCAUUGAAGUUUGGUUAGCUUCCGUGCAAUCGACAAUCGUACAUUAAGAAGAAUAUCAUCUAAUAAACGAGAAGUUGAUAUUUAAUUGAGUCUCGCUCUUUAUUGUCUUAUGUGAUUAUAAAGUGUCAAAAAUGGCGGUACGCGUGCAAUUUGAAAACAACAAUGAGGUCGGUGUAUUUUCAAAAUUGACAAAUUCAUAUUGUCUCGUCGCUAUCGGCGGUUCCGAGAAUUUCUAUAGCGUAUUCGAAGCUGAAUUGGCCGAAACAAUACCGGUCGUCCACACGUCGAUCGCGGGGUGUCGAAUCAUCGGACGAUUGUGUGUCGGUAACAAGAAUGGAAUGCUGGUGCCAAGCAGUACGACAGACACGGAAUUGCAACACAUACGUAACUCGUUACCCGACAAUGUGAAGCUCCAGCGAGUUGAGGAGAGGCUUUCUGCCCUGGGCAACGUUAUAGCAUGCAAUGAUUAUGUGGCUCUGGUUCACCCAGAUUUGGACAGAGAAACUGAAGAGAUCUUAGCUGACACCUUGAAUGUCGAAGUAUUCAGGCAGACAGUUGCAAGUAAUGUACUUGUUGGAUCUUACUGCGUUCUCUCCAAUCAAGGUGGCCUUGUACAUCCACAAACUUCGAUCCAGGACCAAGACGAGCUCUCAUCGCUGCUACAAGUACCGUUAGUUGCAGGUACGAUAAACAGAGGAAGCGAAGUUAUUGCUGCAGGAAUGGUUGUCAAUGAUUGGGCAUCUUUUUGUGGCACAGACACAACCUCGACCGAACUCUCGGUGAUAGAGAGCGUUUUUAAGCUGAAUGAAUCUACACCAGCUGCAAUUGCAUCCACAAUGCGUGCCUCAUUGAUAGAAAGUAUGUCCUAAAUGACAUUGUGAUGAAGAGAAGCGAGUUGCGUAAGUGACUGUACGGUGCAUACGUUCUGUACUGUUUCGGAUACGUGGACCGUGGGAAUUGAUCAACAAGGAUACUAAAACUUCUCGUUCAAAAUAGACUUAUCAUUCUAAUUCUGUUGGGCACGAUGACUAUAGCAGUUUAUAGUUUUCAUAUGAAAAAUUGCAUGGUGCUCAUCUCUCAGAAUUGUGAAGUAUAAUUCGGUAUAUUGAAAAUUUAUAUAACUAAAUGAAGAAAGACACUUUGGUUCCCA